UCAGUCCUGCUUUGCAUUAGUUCCCUGAGCGUUGUGUCGGCUGGGGCUGGGAGAAUGAUUAGUCCCUCCUGCAUGCCGGGGAUGUGCGUCUAGGGAGGAGACCAGUGCCGCUCUUUGCUCAGACAGGACACUCGCGCAGUUGUCAGUGUGAGAGUUCAGGCUAGAAUGCAUUGUGCCUACCCUGUCCCAGGAAUGGGCAGCAACUCCUUGAUGUAUUACUACAACGGCAAAUCGGUGUACGCGCCCUCCCCCACCUCGGAGGGCUUCAGCCGAGACGCUCCCUCCUACUCGCCCCCGAGGCCCUCCGCCAACAUGUUCGCAAGCUCUUUCUUCGAUGGGACCCACAGCUCCCCGGACCCGUGGAACCCGUCCGGUGGGAUCGGCCAGCCCGGCUACGGAGGCCUGGUGGGUGGACCCUCCUCCCACAUGCAGCAGACCAAUGGCAGCUACACCCACCUGCAGCCCCAGGAGCGUCUGAACUACCCGGCCCACUGCGUGUCUCCGGACGUCGGCGGCGGGCUCCCUCCCAUGUCCAGCUUCCACCGCGGCCACGCCAGCGCCUCGCCGUUCAUCCCCGCCGGCCACGCCCCGCCCGGCAGCCCGGCGCCCGGGGGGCUGAUGGCUGCCAAUCAGGGCGGAGCCACGGGAGGGUCGCAGACCGGAGACGCCCUCGGCAAAGCUUUAGCCUCGAUCUACUCCCCAGACCACACCAGCAGCAGCUUCCCCUCCAACCCCUCCUCCCCGGGGGGGUCCCCCACGCCCCUCCCAGCGGGGGACGGCUCCGUGGACCCCGUGCUGACUGCUGGCCCCCCCUCCUCUGGCAGAGCAGGUAUUAACCAAUGGCCUCGGGCCGGGGGACAGGCUCCUCCCUCCCCAAACUACGACACCUCCAUCCACUCGCUGAAAAACCGAGUGCAUCAGCAGCUCCACGAGCAUCUGCAGGAUGCCAUGUCCUUCUUAAAGGACGUCUGCGAGUCCCGGAUGGAAGACCGUCUGGACCGACUGGAUGAUGCAAUCCUGGUUCUGAGGAACCACGCGGUGGGCUCCACAGGCAGUCUGCCCGGCGACAUACACAGCCUGCUGGGUCAAGCACACAACGGGCCAAUCGCCGCGCUCGGAGCCACCUUUCCUCCCGCGUCAUUGGUUCCCGCUCGGACGGCGUCGGCGGGGGCUCCCCACCGAGACGAGGCCAUGACCCACGCAGGGCUUGGGGGGGCCGGUUCCACCUCCACCGCCGAACUCAACCACACGUUGGAGACCUUCAGAGGACUGGCUUCGAGCCUGGCCGGACACCUGAAGACGGAGAACCACGACCUCGACGAGAUGCAGGAUAACCAAUCAGAGGACGACGUCCGGUCAGAAGACGACGGCGACAGGAGGGACGUGAAGACGCCCAGAGGGGGAACCCGCACCAGCAGCAUCAACGAGGGCGACGAGGACCUCACCCCGGAGCAGAAGGCCGAGCGCGAGCGGGAGCGUCGCAUGGCCAACAACGCCCGGGAGCGUCUGCGCGUGCGGGACAUCAACGAGGCCUUCAAGGAGCUGGGCCGGAUGGUCCAGCUGCACCUGAAGAGCGAGAAGCCGCAGACCAAGCUGCUCAUCCUGCACCAGGCCGUGGCCGUCAUCCUCAGCCUGGAGCAGCAGGUCCGAGAGAGGAACCUGAACCCCAAAGCAGCCUGCCUGAAGAGGAGGGAGGGGGAGAAGAAUGGCGGGCUGCACUCCAGCCUCAUCGACGCCUCCAACCCCAUGGGCCACCUCUGAGCCCCGAUCACAUGACCCAGUGGGAUUUCUGUGGGAUAGAGGCGGGGUCCGGUCGAGGACUGACGGCUUGUGAAUACCAAUAGGAGGAGACAGACCAUUUAAGGCAACACUACAAGAAUGACACAGUUUGAUCCUCUGACUCGAGAAGAUCCAGGAAUCCCUUUCUUCUGACAACAGCUGGUGUCUACUGACGGAUGUCUGCCUUUGAGCAACAGUUCAGCUCGCAUCAUUCGGUCUGAAUCAAGCACUUUGCUUCGGAACAAUCAGAGACUGACGCGGUCUUCUCCAAAGCUUGUGGGAGAUCGCCUUGUGCCUAAAGCGUAGUUGAUGAACGCAUUGUAACAGCAACUGUUUAUUUUCAUUUGUUUUUUUUCUAUUUAUAAUGUUACUGAACGACAUAAUGUACGCCCAAAGGGAAGGUUGCAUUCCGGUCAUCGAGGCUCUCCAGUUAAUCUACAGUUUGCCAACGUCACGAGUUCCACUGAACACUUUUAAAACCUUGAUCCAGAUUAUUCAAAUUAAUUUAUUGGCUAGUUUAAGAGUGAGAUUAGGCUCAUAUUAACGUCCCCUUUUGUAAAAGAUUAUAUUUAUUUUUAUAUUUUAUUCAUUCCAUAAUUAAUCACAUCUAGAACCCAAAACGACCUAUGCCAGACUGUCAUUAGUCGAAAAAAAUAAUAAUCUGACUUCUGCAGUCGGAAUCAGACCAACUCAGAUCUCGGUGAACAGGGUGUUUCAUUUUCAUUUGCUUCAAAUUUGUUUCGACCAAUCGUGUUGCUGGGUGCGGGGAUCUGUGACGCAUGUUACAUGGAAAUUGUCUUUACUGGAAACAGCCAGACGGGCAAAACCACAACAAGAGUAAUGUGGCAAACCAUUCAUCCCCAGAAGGACUGAUGACUCAAACCAUAUCAGCUUCUUCCCACUGUUGGCCUCCCUCCUUCACCCUCUGCUACUGAGAGGUAUCUGAAACCCGGGCGGGAGGUCAAGCCAAAGGUCCACCAACAUCCUGAGACUAAGCGUCUGUAAAGGUUUAGUAAAACCUUUGUGAUAGCCUGGCCACUGUAGAAACAUGUUUGUUCAAAUCUUCUUCUCAACCCUCCUGCGUGCGCUGGCGAAGAACUAAUCCGUAAGAAAACAGGAAUCUGCAGAACUCUUCCGGGUUCCCGGUCCAGGCGCAGUGCAGAAUCCCCCCAGAGGUUUGGCAGUAGCAUCGUCAGACUUCUGGGUCCAAGAUGAAGGACAUUUAGUCUUAAUUCUUAUGACUGAAAUUACUCGAUACUUUAGACUUUUGGCAAAUUGUUUGCACUCUGCAGUGAAAACAUAGGCCCAAAUAAGACAGGACUGUUGUGGUCAUGAAAACUAUUUAAGCCAACUAAGGAUAAUCAUUAGUUUUACUGUAAGGCCAACUUUUUUAUUUUUUGUUCACUAAGAAUUUGUGAUGAAAACGAUUUGCUCCUUUCUGUGCAUCAACCAAAGGAAGAUGGGACUCUGUAUCUUUGCUCAUUGGCCAUUUAGUGUUUCAUAUAAACUGCUUUGCUGAUGGUUGUCCUUGAUGACUGGUUGAGCUGAAACGCUGCAGCGACAAACGAAGACCAAGCAAUGUCCUGGCCUGAUCAACGUGUUACAAAGAUUUCUGUUUGAAGCUCAAAAUAUAAGAAUUCAGUAUCAACGUAAAACUGAUUCAUUUAUCACGGGUUUCAUCAUAUAAUGUCCAGGUGGUAUAAUAAAAUAUGUUUUCAUUUUAGAAGUUAUAAUGUAGAAAGUGAAAGAAAAUACAUUUAAGACGAACCGGUAAUUUCACAUCUGCUGUGUAGAAUAUCAAUAUGCACAGCAUAUACUGUAGAAUAAUAAAACAGUUGACCUUAACUCUAGCUUAAGAGUACAGACGCCUUCAGCAGCAUGUUGGUUCAGUUCAUUGAUUAAUUAUUAGUGUGGUUGUCAGGGGGGGACGGGGGGGCCCUGCGUGGGGGUCUCCCCUCUCUAGACCCAGAGGAGGAGAGAGGAGGGGGAGCAGGACCCUGCGUGGGGGUCCCCCCUCUCUAGACCCAGAGAGGGAGAGAGGAGGGGGAGCAGGACCCUGGGUGGGGGACCCCCUCUCUAGACCCAGAGGAGGGGGAGCAGGACCCUGGGUGGGGGUCUCCCCUCUCUAGACCCAGAGGAGGAGAGAGGAGGGGGAGCAGGACCCUGGGUGGGGGUCCCCCCUCUCUAGACCCAGAGAGGGAGAGAGGAGGGGGAGCAGGACCCUGGGUGGGGGUCCCCCCUCUCUAGACCCAGAGGAGGGGGAGCAGGGCCCUGGGUGGGGGUCUCCCCUCUCUAGACCCAGAGGAGGAGAGAGGAGGGGGAGCAGGACCCUGCGCUGGGGGUCCUCCCUCUCUAGACCCAGAGGAGGAGAGAGGAGGGGGAGCAGGACCCUGCGUGGGGGUCCCCCCUCUCUAGACCCAGAGGAGGAGAGAGGAGGGGGAGGAUACUACGACUCAAACUCAGACAUAUCUGUAAGACAUUGGUCAUGCUUAUAUAUUUUUUCAGUGUGCAUGCUUUAUGGUUUUAAUUUGUACAUUAUAAUCCAUGUAUUUCUUUGUAGAUGGUUGAUCAUAUUUUACUUCUUAAACAACACUGCCACAUCCAGAACGACUAAUUGGACUACAGAGUUUUCAGAUUGUAUUUUCUGUUUAAAAAAAUUUGUUCUGUAAUGUCUGAGUGGCGUUUGUCUUCAUUUCAGUAUUCAUUUAUUAUCAUAUUAACGUUGGCCUUGAUUGGGGAUAUUGUGUAUGUCACGUAUUGCUUCCAGUCUCUUUGUUGAAACGCUUCCCUCCUUACUAUCUCUGCUCCUCUGUAAGUUACUAGCUGCAGUAUUUGCAGAUACUUCCCCUUGUAUAUAUGAAACAUGAAAAUUCAAAAGAAAAAAAAAAUUGGCUUAUUUUUCACUGUAGCUAGUUUUUAUACAUUAAUACUGUAAGAAUAUUUCUUGAAUUAUAAAUAUAACUCUUUCUAGAUUUUUUUAAAUCAAAAGUUUUGAGUAAAAAGUUUCUUACUUUAUUUUACUAUAUUAGAUAGUAAACAAAACAACCACAUACAUUGGUGAUUUUACCAUCUCCUGUUCAUUGUGUUCAGAUAUUAUAUCUUACAAACCACAGAAUUGCAGUCUAGUGGGUAAGGGCAUUGUGUGUGAGCUAAAAAAUCAUAAAGUCAUCGAUUGAUGAAAGAGGAAAGGAGUUGUUGAUGUACAGCAGCAGAAUAAUUCUUUUUUUUCUGUCCCUUAAAACAGAAAAUACACUAAAUGUAUAUAACAUUUAUGUUGCAAUAAAUGUGCCAUCUUUUUUAAGCUUAA